AUGGCCACUGGGCAUCUGAGUAUAUAAGCGAAGGUCUGACCCUUUCAAAGUUGGGCAACCCCUACAUUGGCACUGGUGAACAGGCUCUGAUCCCAAGGACUGUUACCUCUUUCUUUUCUCCUGCGCAGAACGUGUUAGAAAGGCAACCAUGGCGAAGAACUGCCACAACGACCUCAAGAUGAAGUUCAAGACAGAGGAGGAAUACCCAGACCUCACCCUGCACAACAACCACAUGUCCAAGGUGCUGAGCAAGGAUGUGUACAACAAGCUGAGGGACAAGUCAACCCCCAGUGGCUUCACCCUGGAUGACUGCAUCCAGACCGGAGUGGACAACCCUGGCCACCCCUUCAUCAUGACUGUGGGCUGUGUUGCUGGUGAUGAGGAGUCCUAUGAGGUCUUCAAGGACCUGUUCGACCCAAUCAUCUCCGACCGUCAUGGUGGCUACAAGCCAACAGACAAGCACAAGACUGACCUGAACUUCGAGAACCUGAAGGGCGGUGAUGACCUGGACCCCAACUACGUCCUGAGCAGCCGCGUCCGUACUGGCCGCAGCAUCAAGGGGUUCACCCUGCCCCCCCACAACAGCCGUGGGGAGCGUAGAGUCGUCGAGAAGCUGUCCAUCGAGGCUCUGAACAGCCUGGACGGAGAGUUCAAGGGCAAGUACUACCCCCUGAAGGACAUGUCCGACAAGGAGCAGGAGCAGCUGAUCGCUGACCACUUCCUGUUUGACAAGCCCGUGUCCCCCCUGCUGCUGGCUGCUGGGAUGGCCCGUGACUGGCCUGACGGAAGAGGCAUCUGGCACAACGACAACAAGACCUUCCUGGUCUGGGUGAACGAGGAGGACCACCUGCGUGUCAUCUCCAUGCAGCUCGGCGGCAACAUGAAGGAAGUCUUCAAGCGCUUCUGCGUUGGCCUGCAGAAGAUUGAGGCCAUCUUCAAGAAGCACAACCACGGCUUCAUGUGGAACGAGCAUCUGGGCUACGUCCUGACCUGCCCCUCCAAUCUUGGCACCGGCCUGCGUGGUGGAGUACACGUCAAGCUGCCCAAGCUGAGCACACAUGCCAAGUUCGAGGAGAUCCUGACCAGGCUCCGUCUGCAGAAGCGUGGCACAGGUGGUGUGGACACUGCUUCCGUGGGUGGCACCUUCGACAUCUCCAACGCUGACCGUCUGGGCUCCUCAGAGGUCCAGCAGGUGCAGCUGGUGGUUGAUGGCGUGAAGCUCAUGGUUGAGAUGGAGAAGAAGCUGGAGAAGGGUGGCAGCAUCGACGACAUGAUCCCCGCCCAGAAGUAAAGACGGAGUCAAGCGCUCUUUUUUUUUUUUUAUCACGCAACUGCAAUGGAACACUCAGGCGAGACUAGCUCCGCCCAUCCCCACCCCCCUCUCCUGACUCGGCUCCUUUCUUUCCAGAAAGUUCUAUCUCUUCACCCUCUCUCUUCGUCUACCUAUUCCAUUCCCUUCCCUGUUCUCAACCCAUCCUUCCGGUUAUGUAACAUCCUGGGAUCAAACGGCCACACAGUCAGGUGGUACCUGGCUUUGUGUUUUCACUUAAAUUUACAUGUUUUGGUUGUAAAAAGUAAUUGAUUCAAUAAAUCUCGCCCCAUAAAACAAUCAA